UCGGUAAACGUUCUUCAAUUUAUGUGCAAAUGCAGUUAAUUGUAUGCGUAAAUUAUCAUGUAUUUACCGCUCCGGGCUGCGUGCGAACAACCCUCCAUAUUUUGGCAGCCUUGCCUGUUGUUUAAUUUGUUGUGACUAAACGCAGCUAAUGACGCCAAUUAACCAAUCAACGCGUAAUUGGUAACCGCGUGCCAAUCGGCGCGCUAUUCUCAAGCACCGCUCGCACGUGACUUUGCCGGUGGACUGAUAGGGUGGCUGUCAAUUCUGCCCGGUUACCACAGACCACGCCCACGUGUUGGGCACGCCCAUCUCCAUUGAGCGUGGUAGAGGGAGGCUGUGGCGUGAGGGAGCCGGGCUGGGAGGCGUGGACGGACGGUGGUCGUUCCGCGGGCGCACACACCCACUUACCUACCCACCUACCUACCUACUCACCAACCUACCGUGCCUACGGUGUGGUGUGUUGUGUUGUGUUGUGGGAGCGCGUGCCACACACAUACACAGGGCUUGCUUGUCUCGUGCCUCGUGCGUGGAGACAGUUGUAGCGAGUUGUGUGUGUUUGUGUGUGGAUUUUUUUCUUGUUUUCACAACAUUCCUCAUUUCUCCUCAGAACGGAUACUAACGGCACUUUUUAAGUUGCGUUUUUUUAAACGCAAGUUGAGAUUAAUUGAUUAAUAGGUGCGGUUAAUUGUUUUUUAAUGCCAAUUAACACCCGCGCGGACCCGAGUUCUCCGUUGUCGCCGGUGGAGGCUAGCCUGAGGGGGGCUAUGCCAGCUCGGUCUCUGUAAGCGAGCGGGCAGGUAGGCAGGGAGGGCGGGAGGGAGGCAGGCAGACAGACAGACAGGUCUGUAGGACGGUCUGCUCGGCGGUGGAGCAGCUCGAGCCCUGGGGUUCUACCAGAGAAUUGGAAGAGAACCAGAAGCAGGAGGAGAACCAGCAUGGCCAACCCAGCCAAGUUCAAAAAGGAGAAGGAGAUCCUCACGGAGUAUGAGAGCCAAGUGAAAGAGAUCCGCUCUCAGCUGGUGGAGCAGCAGAAAUGUCUGGAGCAGCAGACGGAAAUGCGGGUGCAGCUGCUGCAGGACCUGCAGGAUUUCUUCCGCAAGAAAUCAGAGAUUGAGAGCGAGUACUCACGAAACCUGGAGAAGCUGGCAGAGCGCUUCAUGGCCAAAACACGCAGCACCAAGGACCACCAGCAGUACAAGAAGGACCAAAACCUGCUAUCUCCUGUAAACUGCUGGUACCUGCUACUGAACCAGGUGAGGAGAGAGAGCAAGGACCACGCCACGCUCAGUGACCUCUACCUCAACAAUGUCAUCACCCGCAUCUCACACGUCAGCGAGGACAACACACGCCUGCUGAAGAAGAGUAAAGAGAUCACUUUCCAGCUGCAGGAGGACCUGAUGAAGAUUCUUAACGAACUCUACACGGUAAUGAAGACCUACCACAUGUACCACACUGAGACCCUGAGUGCAGAGACCAAGCUGAAAGAGGCAGAGCGGCAGGGGGAGAGACAGGGCCGUGGAGGUGAGGUCUUCGGCCUGCGGAACGAGGAGCGCCAUCAGCGCCGCAACGCUGCACGCAAAAUCCAGAAAAUGAAGGAAAAGCGCCAGGCCAAGUACUCGGAGAACAAGCUGAAGGUUAUGAAGGCUCGAAACGAGUAUCUGUUGACUCUGGAAGCUGCAAACGCAGCUCUGUUUAAGUACUACAUCCAGGACCUGUCUCACUUGAUUGACUGCUGUGAUCUGGGCUAUCAUGCCAGCCUGAGCCGGGCGUUGCGUACGUACUUGUCAGCAGAAUACAGUCUGGAAACGUCUCGGCACGAGGGUCUGGACAUCCUGGAGGGGGCGGUAGAAAGCCUGGACCCCCGUAGUGACAGGCAGCGCUUUAUGGAGACCCACCCCACUGCUUUCACCCCUCCAGCACGCUUUACCUUCCAGUCACAUAUGGGGGACCAGGUGAGUCAGCUCACAGCAGUGCCGCAGGUGCAGGCUGAGCUUCUGCUCCGCUACCAGCAGCUCCAGUCACGUCUCUCCACACUGAAGAUAGAAAACGAGGAGGUAAAGAAGACGUCAGAGGCCACUCUGAGCACCAUCCAGGACAUGCUGAACAUGGAGGACUAUGACGUGUCUGAGAGCUUCCAGCACAGCCGCUCCACCGAGUCCGUCAAAUCCAGCGUGUCCGACACCUACCUCAGCAAACCCAGCCUGGCCAAGCGCAGGGCCAACCAGCAGGAAACCGAGCUCUUCUACUUCACUAAACUGCGAGAGUAUCUGGAAGGCAGUAACCUCAUCUCCAAACUGCAGGCCAAGCACGAUCUACUGAAGAGGAGCAUAGCUGAAGGAUAUAGAGCAGACAUAAUGACCACAAGUCGACGCCGGAACUCCCACAGCAGACACCAGGAUGCUGCCAAGGCCAUUCCUUUGAUUGUAGAGAGCUGCAUCCGCUACAUUAACCUUUACGGUUUGCAACACCAGGGUAUUUUCAGGGUGUCUGGAUCUCAGGUGGAGGUCAACGACAUCAAGAACUCUUUUGAGAGAGGCAACGACCCUCUGACGGACGAGGAGAACAACCACGACAUCAACUCGGUGGCGGGUGUGUUGAAGAUGUACUUCCGUAACCUGGACAACUCGCUCUUCCCCAAAGAGAAGUUCAACGACCUCAUCGCCUGUGUCCGAACUGAGAAUCUGUACGAGCGAUCGCUGUCUAUCCGGAAGAUACUGAUGUCAUCACCGCGGCCCACCCUCGUGAUCAUGAGAUACCUUUUUGCAUUCCUCAAUCAUUUGUCUCAGUACAGCGACGAGAACAUGAUGGAUCCUGGAAACCUGGCCAUCUGUUUUGGGCCGACCCUGAUGCCCACACCCGACCUGCUGGACCAGGUCUCCUGCCAGGCCCACGUCAACGAGGUCGUCAAGACCAUCAUCAUCCACCACGAGACCAUCUUCCCUGAUGCCAAAGAGCUGGAGGGGCCUGUCUAUGAGAAGUGCAUGAGCAGCACAGAGUACUGUGAGAGUCCCUAUAGUGAGCCAGGAGCGUUUGAGGAGGGUGAGCAGGAUGGCGGCACAGAGACACAGACCAGUGAAGAGGGUGAAUCACAUUCAAAGAAGGGUGAGCCGGUGGAAGCCCUUGCUAAGUUUGACUAUGUGGGGCGCUCAGGCCGUGAACUGACGUUUAAGAAGGGGGCGACUCUGCUGCUCUUCCAGAGAGCCUCGGAGGACUGGUGGGAGGGACGACAUAAUGGCACUGACGGACUCAUUCCACACCAGUACAUCACACUGCAGGAUGAGGAGGCCAUGUCAGACACUCUGAGUCAGAAGGCAGACAGUGAGAUCAGCAGCACUCCCUCAGAUGAAGUAAGCUCCAGGAGGUCCCUGACCUCCCCCACUGAACCCAGACUGCCAGAAACCUUCAUCAGCCGUCACAGAAAGAGGACGGAAGCUCUGCUGCGCCGCGUACCCGGACGCCUCAGCGAUGGCCACUGCCACGGUAAUGGGCUGGAGCGCAGCUCUCCUCCAGUAACAGUGACAGUGACCGGUCACUUCAGCCCGCGGGAGCUGCUGCGGGGCCACACCGGGCCCCAGGACAGCCCUGAACAGAUGCGCCGGCGUGGGGUCCACCCCACCACCACCACACCCACCAACACCACCAACGGCACUCUGACCUCCAGCAUCAGCCGCCACGAGUCUCUGCGCAGAGAGAGAGACCGGGAGAGCCCCCCCAUCCGCCAGUCCCCAUCCGCCCUGCACUGCACCCUGCCCGAGCAGAGGACACGCACCCUCAACCCACUCACCAUGGCACAGGACAUUGAAGAGACCAUGAGCCUGGCCCUGAACGAGCUGCGUGAGCUGGAGCGGCAGAGCGGGAAGCCGGCUGCUCCGGACCUGGUGCUGGACACCCUGGAGCAGGUGAAGAGCAGCCCCUCGCUGCCCUCAGGCUCCACCCCUUCCAGCCUGUCCAGCCCGAGUGACUCCCCGAGCCCCCUGAGCCCUCACAGCCCCCUCCCUCCUCUACCACCACUGCCCGGGCCCUCCUCACGCCGCUGCCCCAACGACGGCCCAGCCUCCUUCCUGCCAUCCGCCUCGCCCCGCAUGGGCGUGACGCUGCGCCCCCCGGCCCUGCGCCCCAAGCCCCCGGUGCUCCCCAAAGCCAACCCUCCUCCCUCACAGCAGCAGCGGCAGCAGCAGUCCCCCUCCCCACCCCAGAACUAUCCCGCCGACAAGUCCGGCACCAUGUGAGCCUGGCCCUGCAGCGGCCGAACCCGGAGGAAACAGGGUCCAGACUGAGGAAGGAGGAAAAGCCUGAGGAAUGAUUUAGUACAGGAGAGGCGUGAGACAGGGUGAUUCUGUUAAUAAGCGAAUACACGGUAUGGCCGACAGCUAGCUUAAACGCAAGAGCGGUCAGAUAGAGUUAGUCUAUGAUAUAUUAAUCAUUUAAUGUGUCGUCAGGGUGACGUGUGCGUGUGUGCAUAUUCUCUAAAGUGACUAGGACUUCAAUUGUGUCUGUGUGUAGAUACGUUUAUGAGGAACACAUUCAGAGACGGCGGAGAGAAAAAGAGAGAAAGAAAGAAAGAAAGAGAGUGAAGGAGUGAGACUGCUUGAGAUUUCAUGUACAGGAAGUUAUGUACUGUGAACCGUUUUUUUGGGAGUCCGUCAAUGGGAAACGCAGUUUUUUUGAGUCCUCCUUCGGUGCAAUGUAAUUUUUUCAGUGCUUUGAUUUGUUAGGCCUUAUUAUCACAGAGGGAUGUGUUUUUUUCCUGCCAAAAACAGGGCCAUUCUUUUAAAAGAGAAGUUGCUGCUGCUUUUUUUUUGAUGUUUUUUAAGUCCUGAAAUUACCUGAGUUGUAGGACGUGACACAGGUGCCUCAUGGGAAAAGGGUUCUUCACGUUAGGUGUCUUUGAUGGUGAAUGUAGUUUUUAAUGCCACACAGUGCACCUAUAGCCUCCCAAGAGAGGGCCAAGGCGAUUUAAAGAACACCGAAUGUAUUAAAGGAGCAGUAAGUAGAAGCGU